GCAGCUCUCCUAACCCAUUUAACACUCUGCAGAGGUCCAACACGCCUCAGUGUGCCCAGGAAUCUAUCCGCGAGCAACACACAACCUUCCAGCCUCUCUCUCUCUCUCUCUCUCUCUCUCUCUCUCUCUCUCGGACACCGGAGGAGCAUACGCACCCGCGCACAUACACUCUCUCUCUCACACACACACACUCUCACACUCUUGGACUCAUCAUGGAUCUCAAACUUCUGGCGAUGGUCGCCCUGCUUACCAUAGCUCUGCACACAUCAAGCUCUGCCGCCAAGCCCAUCAGUCUGGUGGAGCGCUGCUGGUGCCGUUCCACGCUGAACACCGUGCCCCAGCGCAGCAUCCGCGAGAUCAAGUUCCUCCACACGCCCAACUGCCCCUUCCAAGUCAUUGCCAAGCUCAAGAACAGCGACCGUGAGGUCUGCAUCAACCCCAAGACCAAAUGGCUCCAGCAGUAUCUGAGGAAUGCCAUUAACAAGAUUAAGAAGUCAAGAAAACGUUCAAAUUAAAGUUUCUGCAGCCGGACCUUCUAAGGAAAAUGGAACACACGCACUGCUCUCCUUCUCUCUGGAUCUCUUGCACAAACAGCACUUCACUCUCGCCAGAUUCACUCUUCAAGCAAGUCACCUCUGUCUCUCUCUUCGUGUAUGUUAGCAAUGGAGAGUAAUCACAUAUGUUUAAAAUCUGAUGUUAUAUCUGAGUGAAUGUGGGCGUUUGAAUGUUUUAAGAGAAGUAUAAGUAUGGGUGGGUGGGUGUGUGAGUGAAUGCACGUGUGCCUGCGUGCAGAAGAGACAAGUAUAUUACAAUUUAAAUGUAAAUCACAGUAAAGUUAAGAGGCCAUUGUCGACUCGUGGAGUGUUGCGGGAGAUUAGACGUUACCUGUCGUAUAGGCUUAAACUGCUCAAGACUGAUGGCGAGACGGAGCUGGUGGCCCGGAUGUAGUGGUUUGGCACGAGUUGUUUCCGCUUAGUGUGUGCUUACAAAUGGGGAGGACUUUCCAGCUCUGAUUUGUCGUGUCGGCAAGUUGAUAUGAUCAAUAUUACAACAGGGCAGAUUAAUGUGAUUUCAUGGUGUGCCAAGUUAUUACUGUUACAAUAGAACGUAAUUUAUGACAUCGGGCCACACCAAAAGCCCUUCCGCAGACCACUAGCCAACUGGCAUGUGUUUGCUACUUGGGAAAUCAAUUAUAUUUGAGCAGAAACUUGGUCAUAAAAGCGUAGGCCAGCAACAAUGCCGUUGAAAAGGCGCGUGCUGAAUAAAAUGGAUGUCCUUCUGUCUCUGCAAUCAGAGACGCCUCAAGCCUCUGUGUUUCUACAAGAUAAGGUUACACCGACAUGUUAAAGAGACCCACCGACUGUCAAACUGUGAUUGUGAUGAGGCGAAGAUAGGCAGUUGAUAUGAAAACGUCAGAUGAAUGUUCAAGUGCUCAACAACAAGGCUUCUCACUAGCGGAGAAAGUACGUAAGCUGUCGAGGUACUUCCGCAGCAAGCUUACACUUGUCAGUGUAAUGCAAUAGGCCUUUUUUAAUUUUUUAAUUUGGGGCAGCGGUUUAAAGUCGUGUUUAGGAAUUGUGGUCUUGAUGUCCUUGUUGCGUUCUCUUCACCUUGAGCCUUUUAAGUGUCAAUAAUCUAAUUAUUUUUGUAUUUUUUUCUUUUGUUGUAUAUAUCUGAAUGAGAACUUUUAAAGAAAUGACAGCACACUAUGAAGGCAUAUUAGACAUUUUCAUACCACAGUAUUAUAAAAUUACACUGAGCUAUUUCUCUUUGUCAGUUACUUUUAGCAAAAUAUUAUAUUGUCUCAAAAUACAAAAUUAUACACCCAGAUUCAGGUUAGCUAAAUUGGAAAACAACCUUUUCUCUGUACUAUCCUCCAUACCAGACCUUCACAUGGAAUCUAGAAACUGUAGAAACAUAAAAGUUGGUUGCCAUGCUUUACUGGUUUGAUUGGUUUCUCUCACAAGAGAGAAACUUCACUUCAACCAGCGAUCCCUUAUUAGACUCGGAAGGGGGCUAACGACCUGAAAACUCAAAGCAGACCAAACAUGCUGUAUGAAUUCUGGGCAAACAGGUCCUAGUUGUAAUGGCUGAAUUAAAUGAUAAUUCCACCGAAGCCAUGGCCAUGUCACAAAACACAGCUACAGUGCUCCCCCACCUCCACGCACCCCCCUCCUCCCACUCCCUUUGGAUUUACAAAGUAAAAAUAUUAUGUGUGGAUACAAUACCUCCGAGCAAAAUCAGGGAAUAAUACUGUUUAAGACAUACGCUCUACAUCUGCUUCCAAUCAAGCCACUCCAAUAAGCACUUGACUGAUGUGUGUGUCUAUUGUACUUCUCAGUUGCUGUGUGUGUGUGCGUGUGUUUUGGCUUGUGUGUUGUGCUUCAUUGUAAAAACCGAAGUCCCAUUAAAACAACUGGCCUUCUGGAGACGGCAAACCCAGAGCACCAAAGGUGUAGACCUCACUCCGCAUACUUGUAUAAAAAAGAGGGGAAUUUGGGUCAGGGUUGAGGAGGCUGUGUUAAUGUAAUGUGAAGUCAAAUAUUUCACUGCGGACUCUAAGAAAAUAAAACAAUUCACAGAACCUGAGGCAUCUAAUAGCCUGGCUGCCAUUUUGUAUUCAGUGUAGUAUCCAGGAAAAUGUGAGGUUCUGAGGUGGCUUGACCAAUCAAGUUGGCAGUUAAAAUGCAAGCAUGGAAACACCGUUUUAAGUGCCUUCCUGCCUUGUCCCUCAUAAGUACAUUAUGGAAAAGAGUAUUUGACUGUUAAUUGAUGGAAGAAUUUGCAGACUCUAAAUGUUUUGACAAUGUUAAUUGUUAACCAAGUAGAUCAAAGCACACAGAACAUUCCACUAAUUGUGUAGAAAAUUGAAUUGAAGCAGAACGUCAUCUUGGACUAAACAUGUGUUUGGUGUUUGUCUGUUGUCUUAUAUGCAUUUAGGUGCUAUUCUCCCCAAACAAUGUGAAGAAUUUGUUCUUCCCUUUAAGGCAGCUUACUGUAUACUGUAUAUGUAUUUUUGAUUAUCGUUUCCAGACUCUGUACUUUCACAUGUUACCAGAAAGGCAUUUUCGUACAGUUUGAAAUCACUCUUUUUUUUUCAAUAAACUCAUAAAUUCACAUAUAAAACAA